CCCCUCAUCCCAGGCGGUCCUUUGGAGUUUGGACAGCCCUCGACGAGGUCUUGAAGGAAGAUGGCGUCCCCCGUGGUGGAGAAAGUGGGGCGCCUGGUCCGGCAGCUCCGUGCCUCUCGGAAGCUCUGGCUACCCGGGCUGACUCAAGUCAGGUGGAGCCGAUACAGUCCUGCAUAUAUUGAUCCAGAAGUGAAUAAAGAAAUUUAUCGUAAAUCUCCAGAGGAAAUGUCAGAGGAGGAAAAAAAUAAACAGCAGUUGAAAACAAUCCAGCCGGUAAAAGCUACCGAAUCCAGCAUCACCAGUUCUGUGUUUUAUGAUCCCGCGAUCAGCAGAUUCAUUAACAUGAUGAUGAAAGGAGGUGAUAAACUUUUGGCACGUACCAUCAUGAAUCAGACUUUAGAGGCCAUUAAAAGGAAGCAACUUGCAAAAUACCAUGAAGCCAGUGAGGAAAUGAAAGAAACAAUUGAGUGCAAUCCUUACAAAAUCUUCCAUCAAGCAAUCGAAAACUGCCAACCUGUAAUUGGGCUUGUGGGUAUCAUAAGAGGAGGUAAAAGGUAUCAGGUACCAACUCCUUUAAAGAUUAGUCGGCGGAGAUUCUUAGCCAUGAAGUGGAUGAUCACAGAAUGCAGAGAAAACAAGCACAGGCGAACAUUAAUGCCUGAAAAGCUCUCAAAUGAGCUUCUGGAAGCCUCCAACAACAGUGGCAACGUGAUAAAAAAAAAGCAUGAGUUGCACAAAAUGGCAGAAGCUAACCGGGCCUUUGCUCAUUAUCGAUGGGGGUAAAGAAUGUGCUGUUGGAUCAAGUGUAUGAUGACUUAAGACUUUUGCUACCAGAAAAGACAACUUUUCAUUGUUUUAAUUCCAUGUGCUAUUCUUUGCAUAUCACUAAUCUGAGCAGAAAGUUGCCUGCUUCCCAUUCAACUCUCAUCAAAAGAAUAUGAGCUGGAAAAAAAUCAGGGUCCCCCUUUUCAAGUUCACAUAGGAUGUGAUUUUGAAUAUGUCACAUCCCAAAUGAUAUCAUCAAUACAAAUAAUUGUUUAUUUCCCACUCUUGUGUUCAUCAAUUUCCAUUCAUGUUUUGGAAAACUAACAAGCAGGUGAUUGAAGGUGAUCAGAGCUGAAAAAUAGUAAAAAUGGAAACUACUUUCUGACUUGUUACUUGUAUAUGUGGUGAAGAAAAACCUUUAUAUUAUAGAUUCUUUGCAGAAAAUAACGUGAAUGAGAGAUCAGUAGAAUGAAUAUUUGUCUCUGUUUACAUAUAUGUUAUUUCAUGGGCAAAAAUAAAUGACACAAUUUAUAUCCUUAAAAUAUAGUGAGUGUUGGAGGGGUUGCCAAAAGUCUGUCUGCAUCCAGUGAAAUAAUUACUAUAUAGCUUAUUCUACCUAAUUUUUAUUUAAAUAACAUGUACUAAUUUUAAAUUAUAAGUCCCUUAUCUACAACACACAAAUUCUACUUGAUUGAAAUGUUUCAAGCUUGCUGAUACCUUCUGGAGAUAGCAAGGAAGAAUGCCAAACAUUUUAAUAUUUCCAUUUAUUAAUGAAAUAUAUACAACACAUAAGACCUGAAGCUGGUUUAGGAAUUAAAGCAAUAAUGAACUUCUUUAGAAGAUGAUCGUAAAUUAUUAGAUUAUAACCCUUUUUAUUUUUAGGUAAUAUUAAUUUGCUUGGCUGCAUUUAGGAGUGAUUGAAUUUUUUUUCAUCUGCACCUUGAGUGUUUUCAGUGGCAUCAGCAAUACCUAGAGAUAAAUUAUCAAACUGAAUUUAAAGUAUUGUUAGCAACAGACUUGGAUAGAUUGAACGAAAAUAAUAUUUGGGGGAAAAUAAUUAACCACUGGUAAAAUUUGUCAGUCACCAGGUCCCAGAAAUAAGUUUCUUAUGCAUUCAAAACCCCAGAAAUCUCUCUCAGGAUUGGACAGAACUUUGUUCCAUGGUCAACCAGUGUAAUAGGUGGCCUUCUGAAGUGGUAAAUUCCCAUUUCUGUAAAAGAAAAUUCCAGCUCUUACCAUAAAGUAUAUUGUUUUCAUUGAAUUAAAAAUGGCAACCAGAAAUGUGCCUUCAUGAGCUAUCUUGGUAUUGUCGUAUUUAGUCCUUCUCAAAAAUUGGAAGAUGUUAAAUUUCUUGUGGUUUUUUUAAGUGUAGAAUCCUUCCAUCUCUACCAGCUGCUAAGGAUAUAGCUAUUCUGUUUUGGACCUUAAUGAUAAGUUAAUUUGGGGAAAGGAGAACCAGGCUUAAAAAUUUCAAGGCAAUUCUUUUCUUGGAGAAUCUAGGUGAAGGGUGGGUGAAUCAUUUAAUAGGGCCAGGUUGUCAUCUGAGGAGUUGCAUUGUAAGUAUUCAUUGUGGAAAAAGUAUAACAAUUACUUUUGUUCAAAUAACUUCUGAUCUCCAAAUAUGUGCUGAUAUCUUAUGUAUCUCAGAAUCCAUUCUAGCAUUGUCAUGGCAUGUUCUUACAAAAUAACUAGCAUAUAAAUUGUUACUAUAAAUGUUGCUUCCUUAACCUUUUUUCUGCAGGCUAGCAUUUCAUGUGUGAUUGAUUAAGUGUGCCAUCCGGUUAAUGUCAAUUCUUGUUGGCCACAAAUUAUCCCCAUAUUGAUUUGUUCCUAACUUGAUUCUGCAGGUUUUUCAGCAAUGCAUUCAUUGUCACUGUAACUAAAUGGACCUUGCUAAGUGGUGGCCAUUUUCUUUGUCCUUCUAUCUCCCAGCAUUGGAACCUUCUCCAAAACUAGGUUUUUGCAUAAUUUGUCCACCUAGAAUUAUUUGAUUGUGAUCAUGUGUGCUUCGUAUGAGAACUCUGGAUUUAUUUAUUCAGUUGAUCCAUUGGUUUUUGGCUGUCUAUGAUAUUCUCAAGAAUCAUUUCCAACAUCAAACUUCAAAAGUGUCAAUGUUCUGCUUCUUCAAGGUUCCCCUUUAUCUUCCCUAAAGUCACAAGGAAUAGCAUUGUUUCACUAUUCUGUAGGUAUUGACACAUCCCAGCAUCUGAAUAUUUUUUUCUAAUAUCUUUAUGGCUGCUCUAGUCUACAGCCUAAAAGGCAGAAGAUACCUUCAUUAUCUCAGUCAAUUCUAAGGUUGAUUGCUCUACCUGUUGUCAUUAACUUAGCAUUCUUUAUAUUUUACUUCCAGAUUCUUAAGUGUGUUCCUUGACCCUUAUUGCUAGAGCUGAUAGAUCUUUUGCAUGUUUGCUAAAGUAGUAGUAUUAGUAUAAUGGGAGUUAUGUCUCCUCCUUUAGUGUUAAAAACAUGUUCAUCGUUUUCCAAUCCAGCUUCCCUCAAUAUUCAGCAUGUAGGUGGAAUAAAUAAAGGGGGAAUAUACAGACUUACCACACUCUUUUGCCUACCUAGAUCCAGUCUGUUUCACCAUGUUCUGACCAUUUGAUGGCUUAUUGAUCUGAACAGGUUUCUCAUCAGGAAAAUGAAUUGUUCUGGGAUUCCUACUUUUCUAAACUUUGCAUAACUUGACACGAUCAACGCAAUCAAUGGCCUUUUUAAAAAAAAAUUGAAAUAUUAGUUGCCUUUCAGUAUGCUUUGCCUUUCUCAAUCAUGCAAAGUACACGAGGAAUAAUGUAUUCCUCAUGUACUUGGCCUUUUCUAAAGCCAGCUUGAAUAUCUGGCAUCUAUUUUUCCACGUAGAACUCUAAUCUACAGUAUAUUAGAUGUUCCCAAGUGUUAUUUCUGUAGCAUAAGUAAUUAAGGAUGUUGUAUAAUAAUUGUACAUUGUUAAAUCCCCUUUAUUUGGGACAUUGCCAUAUGUUGGUUUUCAGAUCUGCUGGUAUAGUUUUAGAACCUUUAUUCUUUUCUGGUUACUUCCCAUAUUUCUGUCACCAUUUCAUGUGUACACAACCCAAUUCUCUUUGAAGAUUAAAAUACCCUCACAAUUUUACACAGCCAUAGUGGUAAAGAGAGAUAUAUUUGUGAAGUGACUAUGCUGAACCCCUGAUGUGCAAAAAUACAGAUGUCUCUCACUUGGGAAUGGAGGAUACCCAUAUAUCUUUGCAAUGCAAUUUGAUUGUGCUUUUGACAUGACUGAACUAUCCCAUAAUCCAGUUGCAUCUAUACACCAACCUACCAUGUAUUAAUUAGAUGCUUGCUGAUCCUUUAAUUUUUCCACAUAUAGAACUGGGUGAGGAUGAGUUGUAUGUUUUGAGAAUGAUAAAAUAUGAUAAAACUAGUGAAUUGAUAAAUGUUUUGUUCUACAUACUGAUACACUUGUAUCAAGUGUUUCCAUGGCAAAACUACUGACUACUUUCCGAAGAAUAGUAAGUAAGGUUGACAUACCACUAUAUAUGUGUUGUCAAUUCAACUCUGUUAGUAUUCUUGGAGAAACCUUCUGGGUGAAUAAACUCAGGCUAAAAUCUUGAAUAAUAAGCACUUCAAGUAGCAACAUUUUUUGCUGAUUCCAUAUAGGAUACCAUUUAUGGUUUCUGACUGAUGAAAGGUCAUCUCAUGCCUCUAGCUGAAUGAUUACUCCCUGAUUUAAUUUAGUCUAGAAAAAAAAAAGUGGAGGCAGAAGUGUAAAAUAUUUUAUAAAAGUUCCAAACAGAAUGAAUUCUCUUAGGAGAAAUUUACAGUACAUUGGUUUAAAGUAUUGUUGCCGAGAAAUGUUAUAAAAUGUAUUGUUACCUAUUCCCCCAAAAGGGCUAAUUCUGCUGUGGCUUUGGAAAAGUCUGUUGCUUUGCAUCUUCUGGAGGCAGAAGGUGUCACCUUAGCUAAAAUCUGACCUAGCUUAGAAGAAAGCUGAAGGCUGCAAGCGGAAAAUAUUUGUAUAACAUUUUCCUAUACUUGGAGAAAAACCAAAGUGCCCCAUGGUAGCCUCCUUU